AUGAUUUUCUUUUUAUUGCUACUUCCUUGUGCAAACUCAGUUUUCUUCAACCUCACUAGUUUCCAAUCAAAUAUGGAUAACAUGAUAACCUUCGAGAAGGAUGCAUUCAUGGCUAGAGGAGUACUCGAAGUCACAAAAAAUCAACUCGAUGACUCCCUCAAUGGAAGUGUCGGUCGAGCCUCGUAUGCUGAACCUGUACGCCUUUGGGAUGCGAAGACAGGGGAGCUUACGGACUUCAUCACCCACUUCUCCUUUGUCAUCGACGCUUUGAAUAAAUCAAUGUAUGGUGCUGGGCUCUCCUUCUUCAUUGCGCCACUUGAGUCAAGAAUCCCUAGCAAUUCCAGUGGCGGAUUGCUUGGACUAUUUAGUCCUGAAUCCGUUUCCAAACCCUCUUUGAAUAAAAUUGUCGCAGUUGAGUUUGAUAGUUUCCGAGAUUCAUGGGAUCCAAGUGAUGAUCAUGUAGGAAUCAAUAUCAACUCCAUUAUCUCAAAAACAACUGUCUCAUGGUCAAGUAGCAUAAAGAAUGGAUCAACAGCUAAUGCAUGGGUGAGUUAUAACUCAACCACACAAAAUCUGAGUGUUUUCUUAACUUAUGCUGAUAAUCCAAUAUUUGGUGGGAAUUCUAGCCUGUCAUAUGUUGUUGAUUUGAGAACUAUUUUGCCGGAAUGGGUUAGAGUUGGCUUCUCCGCUGCAACAGGUGAUCAGUUUGUUGAGAUACAUCAAGUUCGUUCUUGGUCGUUCAAUUCAAGUUUGAAGGCAGAUAAUGGAAAUAGGAAAAACAGAGUAGCGUUAGCGAUUGGUUUGGCUCUGGGUUUGGGUGUAUUGGGUUUUGGAUUAGGUUUACUCUGGUUUUUCUAUUGGAGAAAAAGGGUCAAUGAUCAAAGAAAAAAACAUUUGAGUGGUGACGUUUGCAUGGAUGAUGAAUUUGAGAAAGGAACUGGUCCAAGGAGAUUCACUUACCGUGAACUUAGCCGUGCAACAAAUAACUUCGCUGAGGAAGGGAAGCUUGGAGAAGGAGGGUUUGGAGGCGUUUACAAGGGAUUGUUAAGUGAAUCAAAUACAGAAAUUGCUGUUAAAAGGGUCUCAAAAGGAUCAAAGCAGGGAAAAAAGGAGUACAUAUCAGAAGUAAGAAUCAUCAGUCGUUUGAGACAUAGAAAUUUGGUUCAACUCAUUGGUUGGUGCCAUGAACAAGGUGAAUUCCUCCUCGUGUACGAGUAUAUGCCCAAUGGAAGCCUUGAUUCUCAUCUCUUUAGAGGAAAGAUUAUGCUAACAUGGCCAGUAAGGCAUAAAAUAGCCCUUGGAUUGGCUUCUUCUCUUUUGUAUCUUCAUGAAGAAUGGGAACAAUGUGUGGUGCACCGAGACAUCAAGUCAAGCAAUAUCAUGUUGGAUGCAAAUUUCAACGCUAAGCUUGGUGAUUUCGGUCUUGCAAGGCUUGUAGACCACGAGUUGGGCUCGCAAACAACUGUUUUAGCAGGCACCAUGGGCUACCUAGCCCCAGAGUGUGUCACCACUGGCAAGGCUAGUAAAGAGUCUGAUGUCUAUAGUUUUGGGGUGGUUGCGCUUGAGAUUGCAUGUGGAAGAAAGCCAGUAGAACCAAUGGCAGAACCAACAAAGGUAAGGCUGGUCGAGUGGGUAUGGGACCUCUAUGGAAAAGGUCAAAUCCUUGAAGCAGUUGAUAAGGGUCUAUGUGCUGAAUUUGAUGAGCAGCAAAUCGAGUGCUUGAUGGUCGUUGGCCUUUGGUGUUGUCAUCCGGAUUCUACUAUCCGUCCCUCUAUAAAGCAAGUUAUAAAUGUUCUCAACUUUGAGGCUCCUUUGCCCAGCCUUCCAUCAAAGUUGCCUGUACCUAUGUAUUUUGCGCCUCCAAUGGAUAUGUGUAGAUUCUCUUACACAUCAUCUGGUUUGACUGGAUCAGUCACAGAUCAAACACGGGGUUCAUCUAGCAGUGGUUCAACUUAUUCUUCUACCGCGUCAGCCGGCUCUGCAAAAGCUCUUCUAAAUUCAGGAAAAAUUUAUCGGUAG